AUGGAAGGAGAGCGGAAGGAACGGAAGGGGGAGGAGGAGGUUGCGGCGGUGUUCCGCCGUGGGUGGGACUGCGGGAGCCAGUUGUACGACUCCGUCGAGCUCGCGUUCGUCUACCGCGUCCUCGACAACCACCUCAUGGCGUCGCCGUCUGCACAGGAACCGGCGGUACAGGGUAGGAGCAGGAGUAGGACAUCGGCGCCGGCGGCGAAGGCCAAGAACGGGUCCCGGCGGAGGGCUGUGGCAAGGAGGACGGGCAAGGCGGUGCUCCAUUCCAUUUUCAGGUCCGUCACCUGCAGUAGGAAGUUGUCAUAGGGAAUCAUGUUUCAUGUAUGUCGAUGAACUAUGUAUGCAACAUGCGUUGCUACCCAUGUUUUUUUUUAUGUUUUCUGCUAUCGGCGGAUGUGAUGAUCGAGCGAGUUCAGGAUAUGUGAUCAUUUGGU